UUUGGUAGCGCGGCAUCGAGUGGAGUUGCUGCGCUUCUAUUCCCUUGCUCUCCCCUCCAGAUAGAGCGUCCACACGCGCCGUCGCUUCAUCGCUCUCUGGACAUCUCCUCUACCUCGGAUCUUCCUCGCAGCUCCUCUUCUUCUCGCGCAUCCUCGUCAUCUUAUCAGCCCUCUCGCAGGUUAGCGAUUCCUCCACUCGGAACAGGACAAGUUGAACCUUUGAGCUGUUCGUCUCAUUCACUCGCAGCUACUUUCUCCUGCAACUGCAGCAUGGCUCUCGAACCGCCUCUGGGAAGCUCGAGCAGGCAGGCUGAGGAGGCGCCCGCUUCCAACGGCAAUGCGUCCUCUGCAAACACGAACGGCGCUCAUAUUGACGGCGCCAAUGGCCAUUCGAGGAAUGACAGCAGCAACGGCAACGGCCAUGUCGCCUCAUCAUCUGCUCCUCGCCCCAGGGCUUGCUGGGCUACGCUCAUGACGGGGGACAGCUAUCUGCCUGGCUUAGCCGUCUUCGCCCACUCCCUCCUUCGAUCAGCGCACGCCUCGCGCUACCCUCUCGUCGUAAUGGUAGCGCGCGGCUCAUGUUCGCCGGAGGCUAUCUCCGUCGUUCAUCAAUUAGGCUGCGAAGUAGUAGAAGUAGAUCGCAUCGAUCCGCCUCCUCCCCCGCCCGCAUCCUCAGAUGCCGCUCCUGCGCUUGCCUGGUCGCGCUUCAGUGAAGUCUGGACCAAGCUCAGGGCUUGGGAGCUGGACCGCGAGGGAUUUGAGAGAGUGGUGCUGGUAGACAGCGACAUGCUUGUCAGGAGGAACAUGGAUGAGCUCAUGGAUGAGGAGGUUGUGCCGCUGCCCUUGGUUGGCAAGCAUGGCGAAAGAGGCAUAGCAGCAAGUUUUGCGUGUACAUGUAAUCCGGCCAGGAUCAAAACGUACCCUGAUGAUUGGAUACCAGCAAAUUGCGCCUACACCUCUCAAACCCUUAGCACCAGCCUGUCUAUUCCCCCAUUGCGUGUCACCCCCUCCUCGCCUCCAACGCACCGACUCUUAAACUCAGGCCUGGUAGUCCUGCAAGCCUCCUCGCGGCACACAUUCCCUCGCAUGCUUGAUGUCCUCGCGACCGACCCACGCUGCGCCACCUAUCGUUUCCCGGAUCAGGACUUCCUCGCCGACUUCUUUGCGGCAGGAGAUGCAGCCCCUGCUGCUGAGCGAACGACGAUGGCUCAGCAGUCUCGCGCUGCCGGUCAACAAUGGCUCCCGCUUCCGUAUGUGUAUAAUGCACUCAAGAAGCUCCGUGCCUCUCAUCCGGGUCUUUGGACGGAGGACAAGGGGCACAAUGAUGUCAAAGUGGUGCAUUACAUUCAUCGCAAGCCAUGGGAGGACGGGCAUGGGGGUGGACGGGACCGCGGCGGACCGGAUGAGGGGACACAUGCUUGGUGGUGGGAGUAUUGGUUGGAGAAGGUCAAGCCGUCAAGGGGUGGUGGUGUUGAGAAGGGACUGUGGAUCGAGAAGGUGGAAAAGUACGUGGUUGCCGAUGAGUAAGGGCAAAACAACAAGGGUCUGCAAGGUGCAAGCAAAAGCAAGCAAGCAGCAAUGAGCCAAUGUAACGGGAAUGCAACGAAUCUAGUAUUGCGCGUCGUCAUGACAGGCAGGAGCAUCUUUACGUCUGCUCUGCUCCUCCUUCAGCUGCCUACGUCAAGCAGUC